GUGGCAGUGGGCGGGGCCUCUGGGCGGCGUAGAGGAAAAGCGAGAGAGUGAGAGAAAGCGGAGAGGAAAAACGAUGGCUGCGAUUCGUAAGAAGCUGGUGAUCGUGGGGGAUGGAGCCUGUGGGAAGACGUGUUUGCUCAUCGUGUUCAGUAAAGAUCAGUUUCCAGAGGUCUAUGUACCUACAGUGUUCGAAAAUUAUGUUGCAGACAUCGAGGUGGACGGCAAACAGGUGGAGCUGGCGCUGUGGGACACGGCAGGACAGGAAGAUUACGACAGGCUGAGGCCGCUGUCUUACCCAGACACUGACGUCAUCCUCAUGUGCUUCUCCAUCGACAGCCCGGACAGCUUGGAGAAUAUUCCAGAGAAGUGGACGCCGGAGGUGAAGCACUUCUGCCCGAAUGUGCCCAUCAUCCUGGUGGGAAACAAAAAGGACCUUCGCAAUGACGAGCACACGCGACGGGAGCUGGCCAAGAUGAAACAGGAGCCCGUUAAAGGGGAGGAAGGGCGAGACAUGGCCAACCGCAUCAACGCCUCCGGAUACCUGGAGUGCUCCGCCAAAACCAAGGACGGUGUGAGGGAAGUGUUCGAGAUGGCCACCAGGGCGGCGCUGCAAGCCAAGAAACGUAGCAAGAAGAGUGGCUGCGCUCUACUAUAGAGGAAGAGGGGAGUUUUGAGGGAAGGGGGGGGAGGGAAACCAAACCAGGCCACAGAGAAGAGAGAGAGAGAGAGAGAAAGAAAGAAAUAUGGGAGGGAGUGUGCGCCCCCUAGUGUUAGCUAAGCAUUUGGGGAGGGUCAUUUUACAAAAGCAGGCCAAAGGACCUAAAGAUUGCGGGGAAACAACAAAAAAAGGGACCUAGAUAUUUCUUUCCAGCACGAUGUGUGCUGUUUGUCCAUUUCCAGAUCAGGAUUAGCCUAAAGCCUUUGUAGUGGACAUUAAUCAGGUCAGGAAAGUGAGUUUGGUAAAGUUCAUCAGGCACAAGACAGCGAUUUGCUAAUUGAUGCAUCCAGGCUCCGCCCCCAAAUGUGUUCUUUUGUAGCUAACGGUUUCAAUUUAAUUGCGUUCGACUGUAAUGAGAAAUCGUAACUCAAUCGUUUUUCGCAAAAUACGAGGGCUGGGACAAUGAAAAGCCCACCAAGCCGUACACGGAUAAGGAUCACUGUACUCACAUAUUUGGGAUGAUUCAUCAAAUUCUGUGUUGUAUCAGCCUCUUUUUAAUUGUAAUGGCUUAAAAAAACAAAGUUUCUGAAUAUUAAACAUAAUUUACGAAAAACAAACACCAACAUAGUGAAGUUUUUAAAAUAUUUGGCCCUA